AUGUCGCUACAGGAGCUCUUUCCGGGCCUUCCAUCUGCGGCGAUUCUGGAGCAGUUUGCGCCUGUGAAUGACGACGAGGGCGGGAGCGGAGGGGUGGCCGAGGCGGUGGCCGAGGCGGUGGCCGAGGUGGGCGACGUGCCGUCGACGCCUGUCGCCGGCCCGCGGCCCGAGGCAGCGGCGUUUACCCCGCUCGACUACGACUCGCUCUCGUCGCCAGCGUCGGUCUCGGCCUCUGCGACGGCGAGUCCUGCGCGAUCGCCAAUGCGGUCGCCGGGAGAGAGUGGGCGGCUGACCCGGUCGCUCGAUGCGAUGCUGGCGGAUGUAGAGACGCCCGAGCGGAGCGCACGUGCACGCAAGCGGCGCAAGCUGCUUGUUCAUGGCUCACCGAGCCGGAUCAACCCAGCAGCGCUGGUGUUUCUUGCCGAGACGCUGCACGUUGCCAAACCGCACGAGCACGUCCGUGGUAGCGACGGCCUGGUUGCCGAGCACCGGAUGUUUUCGCUUGUGGAGCUGCUCAACAUUACGCCAUCGACACACGCCUACCGGAUGAUGGUACUGUAUCCACAGCCGGUGGCGGGAAGUGAGGCGCUGGAGAUGGUGGAGGCGCGCCGGGGGCUCGCACUGGAGGCCAUCGGCCCGAUGCGUGGCUACUGGGCCGUCUACUGCGCGGCAAGCGAGCUGGACUUUGUGUGGCGCAAGUUUGUCGACGCCAUGGCGCACCGGGGAAAGCUGUCUGUUCCGUUUGCGGUUGUCUCGCCGACGGUCUUUGCCGACGAGGAGGCGCACGCGGCCGCGUUUGUGGUCCCGGUCCCGGCGUCGGGCGGGCUUGCUCAACUCCGGGCGCUCGGCUCGGUGGUUGUCACUCUCACGCCGCAGGACUGUAACACGGUGUACUACCGGUCGUGCACUUGUCCGACGGCGAUGGACACGGCGCAAGCACUGUGUGCGCUUGCAGUCGAGGAGGAGAAGCAUCUGAUCAAGUCAUCCUACAAGAUGGUCGCUGAGCCUGUUCCCUGCUCGGUGACCACAUCGGCGACCUCGUCGCGGGCAAGUUCGCUCUCGCGGACUGGCUCGGCCGGCGACUGCAAGGCCACACUUCGCAAGCUCUCGUUUGAGGCCGCCAUCGCCGCCGCCACCAAGCCGCCCACUGCCCACGUCCUCUACGCCAUCGACCGAUCAUCGGGAAAGCCAUGGGCAGUCGUCGAGCACGAUAGCGAUGUUGCUAGCUGCACAAAAGCCAAGCCCGAGGCCGGGCUGGUUGACUCGCUCGAGUUUGUCGUUUCGGCCUUGUGA